UGAACUCUUGCAAAUUAUUGUCUUAUAAUAUGCUUCACCUAAUAUUAACCUAAUGAACAUAUGUUUAAGUCACCCUGCUUACGACUUUAAGCGAAUUUGAUCCAGGACAGUUUUAGAUCUGGCGAGAAAGCAGGGCAGGUGUGGAUUUGAAGAACUGACAAUGGGAGCCAUAAUUUCACGGUGGAAGACUAAACCUUCCACUGUGGAACUUCUAGAGUCACUGGAUAAGGACAUAAAGGACCUUGAGGAGUUUCGUGCAAAGAAUCAGCGUUUGCUGAAGUUGUGGGUGGGACGACUUCUCUUCUACUCAUCUGCUCUGUACCUGAUCACAUGUCUGUGUGUGUAUUACCUGUACUUCCCUGAGCAGUGGACUGCUCGGCUCAUCACUGCCCUGCCUCUGCUGGCCUUUCCUGCACUAGUGUUGCUAGUACGAAAACUGCUCAUCUUCCUUUUCUCCAAACGUACAGAGCGAAACAAUGAAAAAUUAGAUGAUUUAAAAACACAAAAACGGAAAAUACUUGAGGAGGUGAUGGAAACGGAGACCUAUAAAAAUGCUAAAGUCAUAUUAGAGAGAUUCGAUCCAGAAUCUAAAAAGAAAGCAGAAGCAGAAGCCACUCCAGCCAGACCCCAUAUGACCCCUAGACCAGGACAAGACCUCCGGCAGCGGCAUGUUGCAAUGUCUACUCCUGGUCCAGUACCCAGUCCCAUGUCCCCAGGAGGAGCCACACCACUUCGCGGUGCCCCAGGAGGGCCUCCAGAGAAAGGGCUAGCUGGGGCUGUAGCCAGCCCAACAGGAGCAACCCAGGCAGAAACACCACAAAUGAUGAGAAGAAGCAUGAGUCCUUAUUCACCAGGACCUGGAUCAGGUAUGCGUCCUCCUGGUCCACCUCUCGCUCGACCCAUCCUUCCACGAGAGCGCAGCACUGUGGACAGAGUCAUUGAGUAUUUGGUGGGAGAUGGACCUCAGAACAGAUAUGCCUUGAUUUGCCAGCAGUGUUUUUCCCACAAUGGUAUGGCUUUGAAGGAGGAAUUUGAGUAUGUAGCGUUCCGUUGUGCUUAUUGCUACUUCAUGAACCCUGCAAGAAAGACACGCCCCCAGGCACCCAGACUCCCAGAAUUCAGUUUUGAGCGCAGACUUCGCUCUGAAUCUCCUGAAACACAGUCAUCUGCCGCCACAGAGACACCAGAGGACAGUGACGCCCCUGAAGACCGUAUUGUCUCAGCUCGCUCAACUUGUGUUUCAAACUCUGGCACCCCCUGGAGUAAAGUUCAUAGUUUCAAGAAAUUUCCCUCAGAUGACAUAGAAAGAACUACAACUGCGGAGCCUCAGGACCCUACCGCUGAAGAUCCACCUGCUGCACAUGAAUCCGAGCAAGAAGAGGCACAGUCUCAACAGAGCCCGCCCCCCUCAGAAGAUGUCCAACAGGAAGAGGCUGAAGCUCAGGAGCAACAGCAGAAAGAGGAUGAAUCAAAUUAAACUGUUUGAAUGCAGUUUAAACAUGUUUUUGAUCAAUGCCGUUCAGCUUUUGGUUUUUGGGAUGUUUGGUUUUGAAUUUACUCUAAAGCAUGUUCAUCUUAGUAAUUCUGGAAGCUGAUAAGAGUUAUUACUGCUAAUUUAUUUAUGCAUUUACUACAGUGUUUACAUAUAAUGGGCUAAAUAUCAUAUCACAUUACAGUUUGUAAUACUAAUGGUGCGGUGUGCUCCCAUCAUAGUGGUGAUGUCACCCACUACAGUACCUGUGUAUGAUUUGUUUAUGAGGGUGAUUUCACAAAACUGCAAUUGCUAAAGUCUUAAUAGUGUCAUUUUACAGUGUUAGCAUUCAGUUGCAUAGUAAAUUAGGGCAAAAACAUGUAGCAUAAUACGUUUUAAAGAGUUUAGCUGUCUUUGUGUUU